GACCACAUCACAAGGCCAGUCAGAUAUUGACCCACUUAACAUUGUACUCAUUGGAAUGACCGGAGAAGGGAAGAGCUCAACGGGCGAUACUAUUCUGGGAUAUCAAAAGUUGAGGCCUGUUUCUGCCGAGAAGUCUGGCACUAAAGAGAUACACGUUGAGAGUAAACAGUGGGACCAUGGGUCAAUAAAUAUCGUGGACACGCCCGGUAUUAAAGACACUGAUGCUCAAAGCAUCACAAUGUCUAAUUUAAACGGAGCUAUGAGAAUUUGUAAAGAGGGUGUUAAUGCAUUUGUCAUUGUCAUCAAAUUUAAAGAAAAAUGGACAGCUAAGAAACGAAAGACGAUUUCAACUAUUAGAGAAUGUUUUGGGAAACAUCUGAUUCAAAACUGUAUCAUCGUAAUGACACAUGGGGUCCAUUUUGAGUUGCAGGAAGAAAGUUUAUCUUUUGAUAAGUGGUGCAAACAGCAAACGGACCCGGUAGAAUUAGUUCAGUUGUUCAAAGCUUGCCAUUAUAGAACGGUUCUGUUUUAUAAUAAAAUUCUUAGAGCAGAUGAGUACAUUAGAAAACAGAAAGAAAGUAUCCAUCAGCUUUUACAAAUGGUUUUACAUCUCCCGGGGAGAUAUAUACAAAGAAGUCUCGGCAUAUCUGUUAACGAUCUACGUGUAGAAAGAACACCAGAACGAGAUGGCGAAAGAAAAUUGCCCGCUAGUAAAAUCAUGGCCAGUUCGUUCCACAGAAGAGAUUCUCAAAAUAGUCAAAAACUGUUUCAAAAGCAAGAUAACAAUUUUGAGGUUUCCAAUAGUUUCGACGCUCUACGUCGUCGAUCACUGCACAGUCCGCCGGUAGAAAAUAAGAAUGCUCAUCUUACGUCACCUGGUAAAGAACCAACGGAAAAUCUUGCCAAAGAGAAAUUACAGAGAAGGACUUCUGUAACGCAGGUACAAUGUAGAAGGCCGUCUUUCGAUAAAAAGUUAAACUUCCUUUUAGUUGGCAAAAAAGCUGUUGGAAAAAGCAGCACGGGAAACUCAAUCCUGGCUCGGAAAGUUUUUACCCCUUCGAAUACAUUCACUGUAUCAAACGGGCAACAAUGUGACGUCAGCAUACAAAUUAUAGACACGCCUGGACUAAUGGAUACGGACGAGUCACAAAAUGUGAAAACUAUAACCCAAGUCUUACCUAAUGUAAUGGGAGAAUGUCCUGAAGGGUUUCAUGCCUUUAUUUUAGUACUGAAAUACGGCGAAGGUUUUACUGAAGAUCAAGCAAAAACAUUGAAUAUUUUGAGAUGUAUCUUUGGGAAAAAUAUCAUAAAAGAUCAUUGCAUCGUUAUCCUGACGAACGGAGAAAGUUUUGACUUGGAACAAACUGAAGCGGAUCAGCCGCACUCGUUUCGAUCUUGGCGCAGUCAACAGAAAGAUGAUUUAGGGAGGCUUUUUAAGGAAUGUCAAGAUCGUGCUGUGCUGUUUCACAACUUGGGAAAAUCUCCAGAAAUGGAGAAGAAAAGAGAUGAAUCCGUUAGAAAACUGAUGCACAUUGCCUUUGAAUUGGAAAAAAGCAACGGACGCUACACUAACGAACAAUUUAAACUAUCAGCGGAGGAGAGGGACAAGCUAACUAAAACCUAUAGAGAGAUUCAGAGAAAACCGGUUCAGACUCCGAACAGAAUAGUUAGAGUACAAGAUAAUAGACCGUCUCCAGUGAUGAAAAGGCAGGCUACGACAUACCCUGAUCGAAUGACAAAAGAAACGAGAUACAGUGGCGCAACCAACGUAACAACAGAUACAAAUCCAGGAACUGGAACACAGUUGAAAUGUAGACAGUGCAGCAGGCAGUUCCAUGAUCGUCGUACAUUGGAUUUACACCUUAGGACGAUUCACAAGAGGAAGUCAUUGUGCACAUUUUGUAAAACGUUUUUUGAAAACAGGGUGGAUUACUUCAACCAUAUGAAGUCGUAUCAUCCACUGUAAUUUCUAUAUUUCGGUUUUUGUAUUAUGUAAAAGUAGAGAAAUGUAGUGUAGACUGCCAUACGAAUUUACAAUCAUACCUGUUACGUUCUGGUUAUUUUCAGAUAAACAACAACGCUUCGUGACUACGUUCACUAC